AUAGAGCACAGAUCACUCUAAUCGUACGUCUGAGAUCGGGGCAUAUAUUACUAGACAACACCUACAUAAAGUGAAUAUCAAACCACAUGCAAACUGUGAAUGUGAAACUGGAUAUCAGGAUUUAGAACACAUCAUAUUUAAAUGUCUUCUUCAUCAAACCAGAUAAACAAACUUAUAUACAACUUUUAUAACAUUAACAUACAAAACCUUCAAAACAAUACAAAAGAUUUAGAGGCUGCAAUUUUCUCCAAUAACUUUACCUUUACCAAUUCCUUUCUAUCUUUCCUAAAAGAAACAAAUCACAAUCUAUAAAUCCCUUCCUAAUAGUUUUCCUUCAUAUUGUGUUGAAAAAGCCACUGAGUACAGGCCUGGAACCAUAUAUAGAGGAAGAGAGAGAGAGAAAGAAGUGUGCGUCAGAAGGCUGUCAAUACGUAGUCACAAAUUAUACGUUGUAAUUGCGCAUAAGAAGCGUUACGAAAUUUGACAAGUUAAAAGUGAACUAGUGUGAACUUGGUAUCUCUGCUAAAACUUUUCAACGACAGUUCAACGACAAUUCAAACAUGGUCUACGUGACGGACGAUGGUAGCGUAGUGAACUCUAUUCCGUGGAGUUUAAGAAGAAUCUUCGGGCUCUUCACAGGAGUGAUCUAUAUGUUCAUUAUGUUCUUUCAGACAUUGAUUAAUCCUGAUAUGAACCGAGCAGGCAAUCAUUCCACGAGAGAUUUCCGUCCAGGUUCCGGGCCACGUCCUUCAAACCGCAGACUUGGUAGACCUAAUACAGGGAACAAUGUCGACAUUCCAUUUUUUGGAGGUUGCAGCAGUUGUGCAAGAUAAAUGGGUUCAGAAUAAUCAAUAAAUAAUAAUACUAUUUUAGAACUUAGUUUGCAAUUAUAUUUGUAUCACUUUAUGCAAUAUUUUUGUUAGACAAUUUUAAGACCUAUUUAAUGAUAAAAUAAUUUUUUAUUGAAAUCUCUGAAAAUUAUAAUUAUUAUAUAUCUCUCAUAUCUUCUCAAGGAAUAACUUUUUUGUAAAUUACACAAAAUAUUACUUAUAUGUUUUAUGUAGGAUGUUAAAAUUAUUUUUCUCCGUAAUGUUCAACAACAUAUUAGUACUUUCUAUCAUUAAUAAUCAUUCAUGAAAAUAACAUAAUCAUAUCCUUUAUUGAACACAUACUGAGUUAACAUAUUUAAUAAGAUAUAAACAAUUAUAAAUAUAAAACAAUCGUUGGAUAUGUAUAUUGAUUAAGAAAACGAAGUCUUUGACGAGUGAAGAGUCUUCUGUAUUUUUGUAAGUGAAAUAAAGUGGCACAAUCUAA